GCCAAGCACAAGCACAAACCCUCAAACACAAAACGCAAAAACAAACCCAGAUAUCCGACUCUAUCCGCCCCGUCUCAGAAAUACACCCCCUACCCAUCCCCAUACCGCUCCACACCACACCAAGCCAGACCUGAACCCAACAUCUUCACAUGAACAUAAGCACAACCAUACAUACAGGAUAUGACACACUCCACUCUACUACUCUACUCUUCUCCUUCUUCUCCUCUUCCACUGCACCCCACAUUCAUCGCCAUGCAUCCCCCUCCUCUCCUCCACCCUGCACCACACAAGCCUGCAGCCCACACUUAGUACUCCGUAGUACCUUCCACAUCCACUCAUUGACACACGCCCCAUCCCAUUCCACCACUUAAAUCGCCCGGAAAUCCUUCCUCCCCCGCGUUCUGACGUCUGCCGUGC